CUGGAGCACGGGGAGCUCGAUACAAUCGGGAAUUUUCGGGGCGCCUCGGCCGGCCCGGCCCGGCCAUCAGCGGGUUAAGCCGCGCGCCCACAAUGCCUCGCGCUCUGCAACGUCGGCGGCGCCGGGCGGGACCGGGCCGGGACCGGGCCGGGGUCGGGUUCGGGAAUUGGGAUUGGGAUUGGGAUCGGGAUCGGGAUCGGGAUCGGGAUCGGGAUUAGGAUCGGGACCAGGACCAGGACCAGGACCGGGACCAGGACCAGUGCUGCUCAGGCUCGUGAAAGCAGAGGCCGGAGGGCUCGGCGGAACCGGGCCAUGUUCUGAGGGAGGCUGCAGGACGCCGCUGGAUCCGGGUAGCGCAGGUGUGCCUGGAGGAAUCGCCCUUCUCUCGGCCCUGCCAGGGUGAGACGGAAUCAUGGCAAGUCCAAGAACAAGGAAAGUCCUCAAGGAAGUCAGAGCACAAGAUGAGAACAAUGUCUGUUUUGAAUGUGGUGCAUUUAACCCCCAGUGGGUGAGUGUGACCUAUGGAAUUUGGAUCUGUCUGGAGUGCUCAGGAAAACACAGAGGCUUGGGAGUUCACCUCAGUUUUGUGCGUUCUGUAACCAUGGACAAGUGGAAGGAUAUUGAGCUGGAGAAAAUGAAGGCUGGAGGUAACAGCAAAUUCCGACAGUUCUUGGAAUCUCAAGAUGAUUAUGAUCCAUGCUGGACAAUGCAAGAGAAGUACAACAGCAAAGCUGCAGCUCUGUUUAGAGACCAGGUAGCUACAGUAGCUGAAGGCAAGGAGUGGUCCAUUGAAACUUCUCCUGCCAGGAACUGGACCCCACCUCAGCCUAAAAUGUCUCUGUCUUCUGCUCACCGUUCUGCUGGACAAUCUCAGACUGCAACUGCCUCUUCUGACAAGGCUUUUGAAGACUGGUUAAAUGAUGAUGUCAGCUCCUACCAAGGUGGCCAAGAGAAUCGCUACGUGGGGUUUGGGAACACAGUAAACCCUCCCAAAAAAGAGGAUGACUUCCUGAAUAAUGCCAUGUCCUCAUUGUACUCGGGAUGGAGCAGUUUUACAACUGGAGCAAGCAAAAUUGCCUCAGCUGCUAAAGAGGGUGCUACCAGAUUUGGAUCUCAAGCAAGUCAAAAGGCAUCAGAGUUAGGUCAGACAUUAAAUGAAAAUGUUCUCAAACCUGCACAGGAAAAGGUGAAAGAGGGGAAAAUAUUUGAGGAGGUCACCACGGGGGUGUCACAGUUGGCCAGCAAGGUUCAGGGAGUUGGAAGUAAGGGGUGGAGAGAUGUCACCACUUUCUUUUCAGGCAAACCAGAUGAUAAUUCUGACAGACCAGCUGAGGGAGACAGCUACCAGAACAGUGGAGGGGAGGGCUACCAGAACAAUGCUGUAGAUCAAAGCUUCUGGGAGACCUUUGGCAACUCAGAUCCACCAAAAGCUCACAAAUCUCCAAGCAGUGAGAGCUGGACCUAUGUGGACAAUUCCACAGAGAAGAAGAGCUCGGAUAGCUGGGACGUGUGGGGCUCAGGAACAGUCUCCAACAAGAACAGUAACAGCGACAGCUGGGAGAACUGGGAGACCAACUGGGAGAGCACAGGAGGGGAGAGCAAGACCAGAAAACCUCCUAAGGCAACAAAAAAUGCAUGGGAUGACUUCUAGAACUCUGCUCUGCACAGCUGGGAGAGGGGAGGCUGUGCUGGCUGAUGGAGGGGAGGAAGUUUUACACACACCUGGAGUAUCAUGGCUGACCUUUCUGAUCUGUUUGUGCUUCCCAUUCAUUCUCCUUCCUUCUACCCUGGUAUAGGGAAAAAAAAAGUAGCAUCUGAAUCUUUCCUUACAUAAAGGUGGCUCUCCCUUUUUUAAGGCUAGUGAUAAAUAUAUUCUCCUUGCACUACUGGAGCUGGCUACAGCAACUUCCUUGUUAAAGGAAAGAAAUCAGUGCAAGGACACUUCCAUGGCACAACCUUGCAUGUGUAGGUUAAUAGGUGUUCAUCCAAUCCUCAUCUAAUUUGAGAUUUGGGGUGUUUAAUGCAAACAAAGGACAGGGUGUGACUUGGAAAGACAGCCAUUAAGUGGGCAAGCUGCAGUUGGACACAUCAAGUUCCAAUGCCUUAUGGAUUGCUCUGACUACAGGAGGUCUGGCAAUUCGAGAUGGUCUUUAACAUAUUUUUUAUUGGAGCGUUGUUUUUAAACAUUAUGACAUUAUUUUUUUUUUAGUAGGUGAAAACUUAUUUUUCCCCUUUAGAAUUCAGAAGGGAUCUAGAACUAGGUAAUUACUUGUGUAAACUUACAGGUUUGACCUGAGCUCUUAAGGGAUAUCCAGAAUGGCUCUAUUUUCCCACCUUACUCAGUGGAUUGAGUUUGUACGUGGAAUUGCAAAGCUGUGGUGUUUUCCUUCCUCACCCAUGCCCCAAUUUGAGUAUUUUAUGUACUCUCUUUUUUCUCUUUGUUCCUUCCUUCUACCUGUGUAGUAUUAAUGGUGUUAAAAACAAAGUCUUUCUGCUGCUUAUGUCCUCCUGGACAUCUGUUUGGCAACCUGGCAGCAAAAAAAUAAAUUACAAAGAAAAUUCCAGCAAGAAAAAAUGGGUGGAAAAUACAAGAACAUUGAGGAAAGAGCCUGGCAGCAAGCCCCUUUCAAGAUAAGUAAAUGUCUGGACUUAAUAGUAAAAUUUAAUUUAAUCAGAUGUUUUCCAAACGAUUCUUUAGUGUGUCAAGCUGUAUCUCUGUUUCUGUCAUAUAUUUCUCCACAUUUUCUUCCUGGAUCUUGUUAAAGAAACACUAUUUUGGAAACUUGAGAAACUCUUCGUCAGCAUUAAGGACUGGAACGGGAGAUUGAGUUAUGUGUCAGUUUUGACCCAACAAAUGGCUUUGCAUGACACAAGCCAUAACUUCUAGAGAAGAAUUGUGACUUUAAACAUCACAGGUGUCAUAGGUAUCCCAUUUUAUUUUGGGGGAUGAGUUGUGAAUGUACCCUCAGCACGAAAACAAUCAGCUUGCUUGAAAACUCAAAUCAUUAUGUUCUCUGUGGUCUGUAUUUCCAGCAUGGAGUUCUUUCUGUGAACCCUGUAGAUCCUAUUACUUAUCUAAAAAGCCUUUUCCUUUAAAAACUGGUUAAUUUGUUCAGCAACCAACCAAAGGUGUCAGUCACCCUAAAUAACACUCCACUUCUUUUACUCCUCACAGAGGUUUUUGAGCAGAUAGUAAUAGCAACAGUUUAAAAAGGAAACAAAAUUCAUUUCCUCAUAAGCAGCAGAUUUUAAAGGCUGAAGUCUGAGUAGAAAUAGCUCUAUUUACAGCCUGAAUCUAUAUUUCUAUGACUAGGAUCUUUCAGAUGGUGAACAGAAUAUUUUUCCAGGCUUCUCUGACCCUGUUCUGUGAGAGUUGGGAUUUCCUUUUUCCCCCUUGCCUCUCCUGAGAGAGUGUGGUCUGAAGCUUGUGGUCUCUGAGCUGCUCAGACCCAAGUGCAGCUCCAGGCUGAGCCAUUCCCAAGGUGUCCCUGCUGUCACAGACCCUUUGGAAGUGCCAAAGGCACGAGAGUUUGCAGUGCUGCUCGUGGUACCAUUGGCAGCAGGUCACAGCCUGACUAAAACAGGUUUUUUUUUCUACUUUUUGUCCAGUUCCAAGUAUAAUUUUAUCAUAGCUUAGCUGCAUGUCAAACAUAACUUUGUUUUUUUUAUGCUUGCACCUCUGUUGCCUCCUUGUCAAUGUGGCUGCUGCCCAGUCUGAAGCUGAUUCAGCUUCUGUACAAGUUUAUUAACAGUUUCUCUUUCAUAAAUCUCCUGAAAUGGUUCAUGGCAGGAGAAUCUUUCAGUCCACUCUAUCAGUGGCAGUGAUUGUGUGCAUGUUCUCCUCAGCUGGGAGCUUUGCCUGGGACAGAAGUGGUUUAUUUAUGAAUCACUUGCAGCCGCAAUUGGCAUGAACCAUUUAUUUGUUCUGUUGAUUUUUGUAGCUUUUGAAACUUAUAUUCUAAAUCGAACAGCCAGAGCCCUGCUCAAGCAGAAGCUUUGGGUAAGGAUUUUUCCUCCAGUUGAAGAGACAGGGACAGAACAGUUGUCUCUCUUUCUGCAGUGUUGCAGGAAGCAACAAAAUCCUACAACUGACAGAAGGAUGUUCCUGGAAGUUCCAAAUAAACCAAUAUAGUGGCAGAAGGGUAACUGCAGACAAACCCAAUGUGCCAGCUGGUCAGUUUGAUGGCCAAAUGGGCAUUUUUUAAUGACUUGUCUGAGCCUGAAUGUGUGAUCAUGCCUUCCAAAGAAGAGGACAAAAUGAGGGCAUUUAUUUUUGCACACACAGUGUUUUAUUGAAUUUUACUUUUUUUCAGAGUAGGUGGCUGGGAGAUUUCUGCACAUUAAGUUGCAGAGCAAGUGUGAAUCAAACUUUUUAUUUUUUAAUUCUCCUUUUGGCCUGAUGAGGAGCAGAGGCAUUGAGUGCAGUUUGCUGGAGCUGGGGCUGCCUGGCUGAGGGAGGAUCCAGCCCUGGAUCUGAGCCUGUGCUUUGGCAGGGCUGUGGUGUCACCGUGGGCUCUGCCCCCCUUCCAUCCCCCUCCUGCAGUACAGUCUGAAGUCCUACAAGCAAACUGCCAGGAGAUGUGCAGUAGGUGAAAUUGCUGCACCAGUUGGACAUUGCAAUGGCUGGUUCAAAUCCCCUGGUCACCCAAGCUUUUAUUUCUUUGUAUGGCUUCAACUUUGGAAAAUACAGGGCAGCUGGAUUCCUGCAGGUAGUCUGAGACAGGAAAAAUGUCAAGAAAUCAAACUAAGUGCCACUUGCAAAAGAGUGCAAAUCUUGGAGAAUGCUCCCAAACAUAAUCCUGGGAGUCAGGGAUUAUUUUAAAGUGUUUCAUUUGUGUCUUGAAACCUAUUAAUAUUUAGUACAAUUCAAGAAGUGCUUGGCCAGCUCUCCCUCCUGGUGGAGACCUCAAGGAUAAUGCUGCUUUUAUUUUCCAGGCCAGACUGUAACAUUCCAUGGGUUCAUAAUGUACUUGUCAGUGUAAUGGUCUGUGCAAUAAUUUAACAAGUGUAGAUAAAACCUUUGUUUCAUCCAGGAUACAUUUAAAGAUACAGUGGUCCUCUUGGAGAGUAGCAGUCUACACAAGUAUUUCAGUUCUUAGCUUAUUUUGGCUGAAAUACUAAAUUUCAGUGACCCAGGUAAAGGUUUGAGCUAUCAGUGAUUUAAAGAGAAAUCAAGAAACAUUUCCAUGGCCAUAAUUAAGAGUUUGAUCCUGAGUGACCUCUUGCUGCAGAACCCUCUUUCAUUUCCAUGCCAGCAGAAACUUGGUCAGUCUGGAGUACUGUAUCUUUAAUUUUCCUGCUGUGUUUUUUUGUGAAGUUCACAGGAAUGGCAAUUUCAGUGAACACUAUUCAUUGUUCUGUAGAGUGGUUCUGGACUUGAACUGCAGUGUCAUCUUUUAAAGAGUAUUAUAAUAAAGCAAAAGAUAUGGAGCAGAA